AUGAAUAAGUUAAUUAGUUUAUUACUUGUAUGCUUAGUUGCUAUUGCAUUAGUGAAUGCUGAUUGUGCUAUCGAUUUUGAUAGUGACACAGUAAACUCUGUUACAUCUAGUGAUUGGAGUUGCUUAGCUGCUAGCAAUGAUCGUGUUAUUAUGCAAGUAUUUUCUGGUGGUUAUGGAUAUACUUCAGGAAUUGCUUCUGCAGUCCAAGGUGCCCAAGCAGCUGGUAUUUCUACAAUUGAUCUCUAUGCAUUCUUAUGUAAUCAAUGCUCAGGUAAUAGUCCAUCAUCUUCAGCAAUCCAAAGUAUUGUAUCUCAACUUCAAAAUGAUGGUGUUUCAUACAAUAUGUUAUGGAUUGAUGUUGAACAAUGUGAUGGAUGUUGGGGUGAUUUAGGUGACAACGCAGCAUUUGUUCAAGAAGCCGUUGAAACUGCCCAAAAUCUUGGUGUUAAUGUUGGUGUUUACAGUUCAAUUGGUGAAUGGAGUCAAACUGUAGGUAAUUUAAGUGGUUUAGGUGUUGACUUAUGGUAUGCUCACUAUGAUAAUAAUCCAUCAUUCUCUGAUUCAAGCUUUUAUGAAUUUGGUGGUUGGACUUCACCAACUAUGAAACAAUACGCUGGUAAUGGAAAUGAGUGUGGUGUUAGCGUUGAUAUGAAUUUCUUUGGUUCUGGAACAUGUUCAGCAUCAACUGGUUCAGGUUCAGGCUCAUCAUCAGGUUCAUCAUCAGGUUCAUCAUCAGGUUCAUCAUCAGGUUCAGGUUCAUCAUCAGGUUCAGGUUCAUCAUCUGGUUCAUCAUCAGGUUCAGGAUCAGGCUCAUCAUCAUCAGGAUCAGGCUCAGGUUCAGGUUCAUCAUCAGGCUCAGGUUCAUCAUCAGGAUCGGGAUCAGGUUCAUCAUAA